ACAGACACACACACAGUCUCCACCCCGUCCCCGCCCAAGAGAAAGGACAUUCACUUCUCCCCGCAGUGCUCGCCAUUCUUUUCCGGUCUUCAGGAUCUACUCGGUGUUCAACAUGUUACAGGUUUUCUGUCACGUCCUGCUUCUCCUGCUGACAUGUUUUUAUGCAGAGUCAUGUGUCCAGCAGCAUAUUGAAGCACAGGUUCCCAAAAUGCUGGAACCUGGUUAUGUUGUUUCUCAAGUGAAUUUGAAUGGUUGUGGGGACGGGCCUCUGGAAUUAAUUUCCAGUGACCCAGCUUUCACAGUACAAACGGACGGCACUAUACUGGUUGUGUGGGUAAUUGUGGUACCAAGGGAUGGCAGGUCUUUUUGGAUAACUGUGCAGGACCACACGGGCCACAACUGGUUCGUGGAUGUCAGCCUUUCCACCACAAGAAAGGUGUCCAAAAAUGCAGUUCUCAAACGCGCCAAACGAAGAUGGAGUCCUCCUCCUUUCAGUAUUAAAGAGAAUGACAAUGGUCCUUUCCCCAAGGAUAUGGAGAUGAUUGCGUCAGACACAUCAGUAAAUUACUCAGUGUACUACAAGAUUAAUGGACCUGGUGUUACUGAAACACCUGUGGGUCUGUUCUCCGUUGUACCAAAAUCAGGCUUGUUAAGAGUCCACGGCACUGUUGACCGUGAGCAGUACCCGAACAUUGUAUUUAGAGCCCACGCCUUAAACAGCUACAAUAAUCAAGAGACUGAUGAUUCUCUGCCAAUCACUGUGAUAAUAGAGGAUGAGAAUGACAAUGCUCCACAGUUCUCUGGCCCUAUGGACUUUACUGUGCAGGAGCGAUGCGCCAUGGGCACUGUUGUAGGUAAAGUGGAGGCAACAGAUAGGGAUGAACCGAAUACCCUCCAUACCAAGAUCAAGUACAGUCUAAAGAACGGCACUAACCUGUUCAGUAUUGAUGGUUCAUCUGGUGUUAUUACUGCUGCUACCAACAUGUUGGACAGAGAGACAGCAGAAAAGUACAUUCUAGAAACAGAGAUCAGAGACAUGAAUGGAGCCUCUAAUGGGCUAUUCAACACAGGGAGGGCUGUGGUGACCCUGAGUGAUAUCAACGAUAAUCCACCUACCUUUACACAAUCACAGUACAAAGGCAAGGUGAUGGAGAACAAAGCAAAUCUGCUGGUCCUCAGGAUACCUGUGGAAGACAAGGACUUGAAGAACACCCCUAACUGGAAAGCAGUGUACGAAAUCACCAAGGGUAACGAGAACGGCAACUUCGAGAUCAAAACAGAUCCCAUUACAAAUGAAGGGCUGCUGUAUGUUACAAAGCCUCUGGAUUAUGAGAAACAGCAGACAGCGAACUUGGAUUUGAUGGCACGCAAUGAGGCCCCUCUUGUAGGAACCACUUCCACCUGGCAGAAAGUGCCUGUGGAGAUCGCUGUGGAAAAUGAGGAUGAAGGACCAGAAUUCUAUGCACCUGUACUUGUGCUCAAAGUAAAAGAGAAUGUACCAAAUGGAACUUUAAUUGGAACCUAUACAGCCACUGAUCCAGAGACCAAAAGCAGCAAGGACAUAAAAUACUAUAAGUUGACUGACCGGGGUUCCUGGAUCAAUGUGAUGGAGAACACUGGCGAGCUGAAGACAGCAAUGACCAUUGACAGAGAGUCACCACUUGUAUAUAAUAAUACAUAUAACAUCACUGUCAAAGCAGUAGAUACGAGUCAGAAGACUGGCACCGGGACGGUGUUGAUUCUCAUUGAGGAUGUGAAUGAUAAUGUCCCAUUUAUUACUAAACCCGAUCAGGUCCUGUGCAGUAAAAGUGGUACUGGGGGCUCUGUACUCAUUGAAGCUAAGGACCUUGACCAGAAGCCAUACUCAGAUCCAUUCACUUUUGAACUGGAGGGUGAGAAUGCUGAACAGUGGAAGUUGACAGGCGCCACAGGUACCUCAGUAAUGCUGCAGCCAGCUAAGGAAUUGCCUAAUGAUUUGUAUCAAGUCCCAAUACUGAUAAAGGACCUCCAGGGUAAUGGGGAAGAACAAAAGGUGUCCGUGCGAAUAUGUGACUGUACAAACGAGGGAGUUUGUAUGCCUCAACAUUUUUCCACUGCCCUGGGAGUGUGGGGUGUCCUCGCCAUGCUGCUGGGCUUGCUGCUGCUUCUACUUCUUUGUCUGCUUUGCAUUUUUGUGUGCAGCACAAAGGGAGAAAAACUGGCCAUGGCUGAUGACUAUGAUGGAAACGGUGGAAUGCUGCUUAAAUCUAACUUAGAAGCUCCAGGAGAGGAAGUGAAAGAUGCAAUGUUACUGAUGUCCAGCACUGGGGCAGAUAUAAUUGACAGCUCUAAAGGAGGAGGUUUCCUGGAGCAGCACACCAUUAUGAGCUCAAACGGAGCAACCUUUGGACAGAAGCAAACUUAUGGAAGCGGCAUGUACCAGAACAACAUGCAGGGCCUCAUGACCACCAACACAUUGUCCUCUGGGCAGUACAACACAGGCAUGUACGGGAACUCCUAUAAGAAACACUCCACCAUGUCAACAAUGGAUAUGUGGAGGGAAAGUGGGAUUCAGCUUGAUUCAAAACUGGCCUACUUUCGAGGAGAGACAGAUGGGCGAUUUGCAGACGACAUCCUGAGGCCUUAUGGGUAUGAGGGAGUGGGCUCUCCUGCAGGGUCUGUUGGGUGCUGUAGUAUCCUUGGUGAACCGGAGUCACUGGAUUUCCUUGAUUCGCUUGGACCCAAGUUCAAAACUCUUGCUGAUGUAUGCACAAGCAAAUCACAGAGGGGAGGGAAGUGAAAGGAGUGGCGAUUAAGAUUAAAAAAAAUACGUAUACCCUGGAUAUCUGUGAACACUAGCCACUGAAAUCUGACACCAAACACUAAAACCUUAUGUAUUACAUUCUGGAGUCUAUGCCAGAAAAAGGACUGCUUUUAUUUUUUCAGAUCAAGUGUGUAGAGUAUGUGAGUAUGCGUGUAUGCGUGUUUUAUAUUUGAUUGGUUUGCUGUUGUGUGUACUACUAUCAGCUGCAUCUCAUUGUCAAAGCACUGGAAAAGCCUAUGUUUUUUUUCUUCUGUUGUAUUAUGUAAUAUAAUAUUUCUAAGGGGACUUUCAAGCCCUAAGAUGCACCAGCAACACCUGCAAAAAGCGUAGCUGAUGCCACCUGACUCUAAAAUGCUUGAUUUCUAUUUCUGAAAUUGCAUUUUUCACAAACUGCUAGCAAUUUAUAUAUAUAUUUCUACUAUAACAUGCUGUAACUUGAAUGAAUGUAAAGCUUUCAGAGACAUAUUUUUCCAUGUUUUACAGGUUGUCUCUUUAGGGGAUGUUGGUGCUGGUAUAUUGCUAGUGACUAAUAGAACCCUGUCAUGGUUGUUCUGAGUAUUACCAAGGGACUGCUGGGUUCUUUACACAAUUUGAUAUAAUAUUUUAACAUAAUAUGAGAAUACUGGGAGUUGUAUUUUGUAUCUUAAGAAUGAAGUGACAAUAAGUGUAAACAGGACUAAUGGAGACUGCUGGUCUUUGAGACUUUCUCUCACAGAGAGUUGCUUUUUGUGUUCCAGCAUCCCAACUAAUCAUCAGACCAAAUUCAUUUCACUCUUGUAUAUUAUCUAUUGUUCUCAAUACAUCGCUAGUAUUCUUUUGUGUGAGUGGCUGUAACUUUAUUAUUUAUCUUAGUUAAUUAAUAAAUGUUUUUCUUUUUUUUUUUACUAAAACUGUGCUAAAAUCAUAAAAAUAAAACAUGCUUGGGAGAGAUAAAGCAGAUGGAAAGUAUUUAGCAUAUGGUUCAUUUGAAAAAUAUCUUGACAACACGGCAUGCUAUAAGAAAAUGAACAAUGAUGGGGUAGAUGAAAGCAACUUUCUCAAUCAUUUCUAAUUUACUGAUAAAUUACAAUUUUGUCUGUUUAUAGUCAAGUUAGUCCCUGUUAGCACUUACACUAUAGCAGCUAUAAACUGUCGUUUCUUUACCAGCUUCUAGUUUUCACUCUGUUGAAGUGAACAAAUGCAGAUUGUCAUCUUACAGAGAAAUCCUUACAUGUAAAGUCUUCUGUCUCGACUUUCCUGUUGCAGAAUAGUGAAGACAAAAAUGUAAAUGAUUAUAUAUUUUAUUUCUUAUUAAAUUUAAUUCUUUUUUAAAUGUUAGUUUAUGAACGUUGUGCAAUGGAUAUAAAAAGUCUACAUAACCGUCUUAAAAUGGUUAUUGUGAAAAGAUUUAAACCAAGAUAAAUCAUGUGAGAAAGAAUGUAAAUGUUUUUAGGUAAAUAAUGAAAAAUAAAAAAUCCAGUGUACACACUAGUUGUACAAUGCUUUUUGGA